AAAAAAAAAAAAAAAAAAAAUUCCCCCGACAAUUUUUUUCCCCAAACUCUCAACCUCAAAUUUCUAAACCCUAGCACAAAGUCCUUCCGCCACUCUCUCUCUUUCUCUCUAUCUCACAGAGGCAGAGGCAGAAAUCGAGAUGUCGCACUUUGGGAGAUCUGGCCCUCCAGACAUCAGAGACACCUAUUCCCUCCUCGUCCUCAACAUCACUUUCCGUACCACCGCAGAUGAUCUUUUUCCUCUCUUCGACAAGUACGGCAAGGUCGUCGACGUGUUUAUCCCCAGAGACCGAAGGACUGGAGAAUCGCGAGGUUUCGCUUUCGUUCGAUACAAGUACGCGGACGAGGCGCAGAAGGCGGUGGAAAGGCUCGACGGAAAAGUUGUAGAUGGCAGAGAGAUUAUGGUUCAGUUCGCCAAGUAUGGCCCAAAUGCGGAGCGAAUUCACAAAGGGAGGAUAAUAGAGUCAUCUUCCAAGACAAAAGGAGGGUCAAGGAGUCGUAGCCCUCGUCCUAGACAUCGGGAUGAACAUAGGGACAGGGAUUACAGAAGGAGAAGUCGCAGUAGGAGUAGGGAGCGAUCUGAUCGUGACAGGAAUCGUGGGAGGGAAAGAGAUCGUCGCCGGAGCAGGAGCCGUAGUGCAAGUCCUGAUCAUCACAAAGAUCGUGGGAGAGGCAGAUAUGAUGAUGAGCGGCGUAGUCGAAGCCGGUCCUAUGAUAGUCCCAAUCCUCGGAGGAGCCUGUCCCCACGUAGGACACCUAGGGACGAAAGUCCUGAUGCACACAAUCACAAUGAAAGCUCUCCUGUACCAAAAACUGCUUCACCAAAUGGUCGAGUUGUUGAUUCUCGAAGCCCAUCUCCACGUAGAUCUGAUGCUGAUGAAUGAAGGAGCAAGCAUAUUUUGUGAUGGGGAUAUCUUUGGCUCGGUGCAUUCUCUGUAUCUGCUUUAAUUUUGGAGAAGACAUUAUGUUGUGCAUGCUGUGAGCAACAACUUGAAUGCUAGAUUUCAUCAUCAUGGACCUUUUUUUGGAGGUUAAACAUUACCUUGUUGGAUUCAAUGCAUUCCUUUACUCUUGUUUGAUGGUAGUUCAUGUAUUCCAAAUUCUAUAGGUUUGCACCAUUUCAAAUAUUCCACAAUAAUUUUUAUUGUGUUGUCUAAGAGUUCCUGCCAGUGGGUCAUUCCUGAAUUUAGGUUGACUAUUUUUUUGCUUGCUUGCUCUUUUUAUUUUACUUUCAUCUAUUGCUUUCUAUCCUUCUCUUGACUAGUUUCUAAAUUUUUUAUAAAUCUUCAAUUUUGAUUAUUAUUUCCUUCUGUUAAUGGAAUUUCUCAUUGUGGAUCAUAUAUUGUCCUUAUAUAGUUGUGUUCGGGAAGGGUGAAAUUUUGCUGUUUGCUGUUUGCUGUUUGCUGUUUGCUGUUUGCUGAGAUGUGCUAGCUGUGGUGCUGAUUUUGCUUCACAGAUGGUGGAUUGGAUAUCAUGUUCAUGCUGGUUGCAAUCUACUGUAUCUUACCAUUUUUUCUUUGAUAAUGUCCUGAUUGGUAAGAGUUAACACUCUCAUUCUGUUUAAGUCCUACAACCAUGGGGAUCAUGGCUUUUAACCUGACCAUACUUCUCAAACAUUGCUGAUUUUAAAAGUUUGGGUUACCAAGGAGUCUUAGUAGCUGUGGUUGCCCAAAGAUCGAUGCAAUUUGCAUGCCUUCAAUGUAGCUGUUGCGGUUUCAUUGAAUACUCCUUGAUUCAUUUGGAGUCUAAGUUUCAGGCAGCUCUUCGUGGCCAUGCCUGUGUUGAUAGGGAUUGGUCCAUGUUGGUGACUAUGAUGCAGUAUUAUUAUAAUUAGAUAGAUACUUGUCACCAGGACAUGUUCAUUUAUGUGAAUGAUUGUCUUGUUCCCCUUUGCUUUUU